AUGGAGCCAAAAGCUGACCAAAAGCCACCAAGGGUGAUGUUAAAUAAACUCCCUGAGUUGGACGUGGAAACCCUAAAGAAGAACUCACACAUGCUUGUGUCACCAACAUCUCAAACAACGACCAAAAAAACACCACAUGGGAGAAUGAAUUGUCUAUGCUCACCCACCACCCAUGUCGGUUCCUUUAGAUGUCGCCACCAUCGAUCCUCUGACAUGCGCCGUGGCAAAUCCGUCGGUUCCAACCUCGCCGAAUUGGGCUCAAAAGUUGGGCCCAUCAGUGACUCACUCCAAGCCCAAUAG